GCCCCCCGGGGAUUCACUGAGCACAAGAUGGCGGCGCUGGCCGCCAGCCAGAGCCCAGGCGGGGCUGCUGCCGCCGCCAUUAGGCCCCUUCCCCUCCCCUCCGGUACAGCCUUGUGUCCGCCUAGAGGAGGCCCCGGCAUGGCAAUGAGGAAGCGGCCGACUCCAUCUUCUGUCUCUCUGGGUGUCCCGCGCUCAUCAUCGCCGCGACCAUCGCCCUACACCCCUUGGACAGCAGACUCUGCUCACCGCGAUCAGACCAGCUCCGACCUCAGCCGGCCCACGCUGCAACCAGCGGCUCUGGCACGGGACUGCCCCGCCGAUCGACCCAGCACGCCACAAUGAUUGUUUCCUCUCUCUCCAGGAGCUGUAGACCAGGCCAGACCACGGCCGGUGCUCGCUUACCAGACAAAUACCGGAGCCGUGCAAUCCCCCUCCCCUAAACCCAUCGUCAACCCACCCCUCCCCUCGCGGGGGUGUCCAGAGUAGGGCCCUCUGCCGCCUCCCCGCGCCUCCUCCCUCGUCCUGGCCCCCCACGAGACAAACCCAGCAGGCCGCUUCAAUUUUAAAAAAUGUUUUUUACCUCAGGAAUGGGCGCCAAAGGUGCAGUGGCGGUGACCCGACCGGGCCCGGGCAGGCCGGUGCCCAGCAGCGGCCCUCCCUCCCCCCGCGGGGGCUGCAAGGGGCUGUGGGGCCCGCGGAGGGGAGGGGGCCGGGACUGUGUUGGGGUCGGGCGUGUUUUGUUGUGUGUGCCGUGCCCUGUGACAGGUCAGAGUUCGUGACCCCACCGCCGCCGCCCGGUAGCGCGUCCCCGCUUCCUCUUCCAGCGCCAGCCCGGCCGCGGCCCCUCCAUCCCCCGCGGGGCGGGGCCGGCGGCGGGGAGGGGCUACCGGGCUACCUGGGCCUCCCGAGCCUGCCGAGCCCUGCACCGCUCCGGCCGCGCCGCGGAAGUGCCGGCGGGAACCUGGCCUCCGGGGCAGCCGGGGGAAGGUACGUUCACCGCCUUUGUCCCUCUCGCUCGGGAGGCUCUUCAGCAGCCGGAAGCCCGAGGUCGCGGGUUGGCGGUUGCUGUCCAGUGCGCUGUAUUGAUGUUCCAGGUGUAUCUUGGUUCUCGCUGAGGAUGCAGUCAAAGGUGGCCUCACAAUUGAGCAAGCUCUCACAAACGCCGCCGCCAGACUGUUGAGUUUUUAUUUAAUUUUGUAAAGUCAAUGUCAUUGAUUAGGGCUCUUAUGGCAAAGUUGGCUGUGAGUGAGGUAUGUUGUGCCUUCAAACACAAAUAGACAUGACACAAGUUUGGGUGUAGCUGAGGUGGUUUAAGAGUUUACCACCUGUCAAUGCUUGUCUUCUUACAGGCUAUCGGAUGUUCACCCCCUGUCAUAACUAGCUAUCCUUAACCUACUAAUAUCAAAAUGUUCUUAAUGCUUCUAGUAGGUUUCCCUUGACUCUAAUAAUUUUUACAGAAGCUAAUUUAAGGAGCAGUUAGAUGAAUAAAAUAACACCUGAAAGAAAACAUACGGAAGAGAGAGCAGUUAAAUGCAACAAUCACAGAAACAAGAAAACAAGAGGUGCUGUUGACUAUUCAGUAUGUAUGCUUUUUUUUUAAUUUUUCUUUGGAAGGUUGUUUGUAGUUUUUUUUCUUAGAACUGACUCCUUGGGGUAAAGGUGUGAUUAAUGUACUAGACCUACAAAUUACAGCAUUACUUUCACAGACCAGAAAUGAGUAAAGCAUGUGAUGUGCAGAUAUGUUUGCAAUACACAAAUAAAGGAAAAUGUUUCAAAAA